AGAGGCAAAAAGAUGGGGACGACGACGCUAUUUAACGACGGUGGAGAAGACCCGUGGCUCGCACCAGACAAGCUCUACCAUGUGAUAUUCUGCUUCACCAUCUCUCUCCUCUUCUCAACUCUCGCUUCUCUCUCCCGCUACUCUUUCCUCCGACGUCACUCCAUCUGGAUCGGAUCUGCGUUCUCACUCGCCGCCGGUGCGGCCAAAGAAGCCGCCGAUCAGUUCGGUAUCUUCCCUUCGGCGGGAGCCUCCGCGAGAGACGCCGUCGCGGACGCCGUUGGAGUUAUCAUCGCUGCUCUGCUUCUCUUCCUUUGGAAAUCUCGAAGAUCGCGUCCGGAUCCGGGUCAAACCCGACCCAUUCUGCCUAUUUAGAAUGUUAUUAAUUUUUACUGUAUUUGUUACUGUGGAUUAAUUGAUAGAGAGACUGUUAAAAGAGGUCUGAUUUUUUUUGGAAA